GCCAGGAUCUGCUCCCGGCCCCGCUGGGAUCCAGGCUGCAGAAUGUUUUGCUCCAGCUCAUCCCAGCCUGGCGUGGGACAGGGAAGAGAAAUGGCUGCAGUGGAGUCAGUCCAGGGGCUGGUGACCUUCAAGGAGAUGGCUAUGUAUUUCACCAGGGAAGAGUGGGCUCUGCUGGACCCCACUCAGAGAGCCCUCUACUGGGAUGUCAUGCAGGAGAACUAUGAGACUGUGACCUCGCUGGGCCAGAGAAUAACAUCCAUGUUUCGCUGCAGAUCAUCUCGUCCUCCCAGGGGCAAGGAAAUGGCUGCAAUGGAGCUGGCUCAGGGGCCGGUGACCUUCGAGGAGGUGGCUGUGUAUUUCUCCAGGGAAGAGGGGACUCUGUUGGACCCCACUCAGAGAGCCCUCUACUGGGAUGUCAUGCAGGAGAACUAUGAGACUGUGACCUCGCUGGGCCAGAGAAUAACAUCCAUGUUUCGCUGCAGAUCAUCUCGUCCUCCCAGGGGCAAGGAAAUGGCUGCAAUGGAGCUGGCUCAGGGGCCGGUGACCUUCGAGGAGGUGGCUGUGUAUUUCUCCAGGGAAGAGGGGACUCUGUUGGACCCCACUCAGAGAGCCCUCUACAGAGAUGUCAUGCAGGGGAACUAUGAGACGAUGGUCUUGCUGGCCUCAAUAGGUCCCUGUGAUGGAAUGUAAGGCUACAUCUAGACUACCCACCGUAUCGGCGGGUUAAAAUCGAUUGCUCGG